GUAUUGAGGACCUCUUUCCAACCAUGCUCUCCGGCGCCGGUGGAGAACUUGCUCACCGGCGUCGGAAUCUUUCCGGUUCCCUUGCUCAUUUUGCUCAUCGUCGUUCUAGUUUUACAGCUUUUUCAUCCCUUUUAGUUCAAUUUUUCUCCCUUUUAAAACCCUCUCUAACCCUUUCAACCCAUAUGCAUCUGGUGAGAUCUUCAAUCAACAAUAAAGGAAGAAGAUGGUGCCCGGCAAUUCCCAUCUCUCAUCCUCAACGUGCUUCACCUCUGCGAAAGUCAACCCUGAUAGAACCACCAAAUUUUCGAAUUGAGAUCUUGUUUACCCGAAAAGAAACCUCACACCAAGCUAAGGCGUACGGCGAGCUUCUUCUCAGCGACAUGAUUUCACCUACCGGAACGGCCAUGUUCCUCUGGUUCCCCUCCACUGCUUCAAAUCCCGACCAAAACCAUCAAAUGUUGCCCAUACCAUCACCGGAGAUGCAUGUUUCCCCGCAAAAUUUCUCCUCAUCUCCGUACAGCGGCCGUCGCACUCAAGAUCUUCAAUUGCCAGUCAAAAGGAAACUAGGUCAACUCGUGGACUUUUUCAUGUCUGGCCCAUUAAGGUGUCGAAAGCCCAACUUUAAAAGAGGUGAUCCAAACCCUUUUCUGCAAAAGCCCAGGUCUGCUCUAAUUUAUUCUUUGUCCAUCCUUUAUCAAUUUUUGAAUCAUCUAUCGGCACCACUUGAUCGAGGACGUCAAAGGAAGCGUAAUGUUUCGGUUUUGUUAUGGAUGUUUAAGAACAAUCUGCGAACCCUGCCUUUAGAUUCACCCAGUUUCCUCGAUCAUGAAAUCUUUUGUUUGAAGAAGAAAGGUACCUUGUUCCCAUCUCCAAUAAGUCGUUGGUGUGACUGUUGUCACCAAAGCGUCAAUUGUUUAUCUCUGACCCAUUUAAUUACCAACUUCAAGCAAUCCCUCAUCAACAAGGCUCGGAGCUCUUUGGACUACAAAGAAAAUUUCAGAAUUUUUGAGAUAAACCAUGAACCUUCGCAUCAUGCUCUUGAAAGUAAAAGAUGGAAGAAGAACGGCAUUAUGAUCCCGUCUCUAAGGAGCGGUGGUUACCGACGCUUCUUCCAUCUUUCCCCCUCCUUUCCUUUGUUUACUAAAAUUAGGCAAGUUCAAUUCAACAUCAUUAAGGUUAGUAUUCGUGAAACUGAAAGUUUGAAGAAGAAUGGCACUAUGACCCCGUUUCCAAGGAGCGGUGGUUACCAAAACUUCAUCAACCCUUUAUAUCCGUUUCCCCUGAAUUAUGAGCUCAAACCCGUACCCGAAGAAAUUUAUAUCUUUCAGGAUAUUCUACCAUUGGUCCCAUGGUCCUCUUUGCGUCUCGUGCCGGCGAACCAAGAGACAAAGGACACUUUCUCAACGUCACAAGAUCUCUUGAUCGUGACUAUUGCAAAUUUCCGUGAAUUGUUCGCGGAAGUGUCUAUGACACACCAUGAAGUCGCUUGUGGCUUGUUGCUUGAUUGCUUCGGUCUCCGAUUCUCUAUGGAAUAUCAAAACUAUCUAUCCUUCUUUGUUGUUAGCUUAUCUUCUUUGAAGAUUAUUGUACUCUUUUUCAUGCUUGGAGAGCUUGUAAACUUUGCCCCUAUGGGUUUGAUUGAAUGA